GCUUAAGAAUCGAAACUCAUCUCUCUCUCUAUCUCUCUCUGUAUUUCACGUUUUAGCUUUCAAUUCCAUAUUCUUCUUCAUAAGCAACGCUCUCUCUGUCCCUCUACUUUCUCUAUCUAAAUUGACUUUAUAGCUUCCAAGAUCUGCAUUUUGAGGUAGUCAUGGAGGAUCUAACCCCAGGAACCCCCUCCCAGAACUGCAAUCACAUUUUCUCAAGUCACGAAGCCAUGUCUUCUUCGAAUUGUCAAGCAGAACAAAUUGGAGGAAAUACUCCUCCAAUGGAGGAGACUGAUAUUUCGGAUGGAACCCCAGAUAAGUGUUUUGAUGAAGAGCAUACUCUUCCAAUUCUUCAGAAAAUUGAUGAAUUGAGCAACAAAAUCCAGAUUUUGAAGAAGGAACAUAAAGUUUUAUGCGAUGAAGUGAAGGGCAUCACUGCUGAUCCUUUUACUGGCUCUGAGGUUUUUAGUGCUCUUCAGAACCUCAGUUCUGAACACGAACAUUUGAAAAAGAAGUACCAUGAAGAAUGUGAAAUUUUGAAAAAGAAAUACAUUCAAGAGUCUUCUGAGCGGAAGCGGCUUUAUAAUGAAGUUAUUGAGCUUAAAGGGAAUAUAAGGGUUUUCUGCAGAUGUAGACCAUUGAACCAAGAUGAAAUUGGCAAUGGGUCUUCUUCUAUAGUUGAUUUUGACUCAUCUCAGGACAAUGAGUUACAGAUCAUUUCCUCUGAUUCUUCGAGAAAGCAAUUCAAGUUUGAUCAUGUAUUCGGGCCUGAGGACAGCCAAGAGGCUGUUUUCUUGCAAACUUCACCUAUAGUAACCUCAGUAUUGGAUGGAUACAAUGUUUGUAUAUUUGCCUAUGGACAAACUGGUACCGGGAAAACAUUUACCAUGGAGGGAACCCCUGAAAAUAGGGGUGUUAACUAUCGAACCUUGGAGGAGUUAUUCAGGGUUUCAAAUGAGAGGAGCUGUGUCAUGAGAUAUGAAUUGUUUGUAAGCAUGUUGGAGGUUUACAAUGAGAAGAUACGAGACCUCCUGGUAGAGAAUUCCAACCAACCUGCUAAAAAGUUGGAGAUAAAGCAAGCAGCAGAUGGAACCCAAGAAGUCCCGGGACUUGUUGAAGCUUGCGCACAUAGUACGGAUGAAGUGUGGGAGCUGCUCAAGUCUGGGAGUCGAGCUAGAUCUGUUGGAUCGACUAAUGCUAAUGAGCUUAGCAGUCGUUCUCACAGCUUGUUGCGAGUGACUGUCAAGGGAGAGAGUUUAAUAAAUGGUCAGCGGACAAAGAGCCACCUUUGGCUGGUGGACUUGGCUGGAAGUGAACGUAUAGGGAGGAUUGAAGUUGAAGGUGAAAGGUUGAAGGAAUCUCAGUUCAUAAAUAAAUCCUUGUCAGCACUUGGGGAUGUUAUCUCUGCUCUUGCAUCCAAGACAGCACAUAUUCCAUACAGGAAUUCCAAACUCACUCAUAUGCUGCAGAGCUCUUUAGGAGGAGAUUGCAAGACACUGAUGUUUGUCCAGAUCAGCCCAAGUGCUUCAGAUUUGGGUGAAACACUUUGCUCUCUUAAUUUUGCUAGUCGUGUCCGAGGAAUUGAACAUGGACCUGCUCGCAAGCAGGCAGACAUGGCAGAGCUUAUCAAGUAUAAGCAACUGGCAGAAAGAGCUGCUAAGCAUGAUGAAAAGGAAACGAAGAAAUUGCAAGAUAGCUUGCAGUCCUUGCAAUUACGACUUGCUGCUAGGGAACACAUCUGCCGAAAUCUCCAAGAGAAGGUUCGAGAUCUUGAGAACCAAUUGGAAGAAGAGAGGAAAAUCAGACUGAAACAGGAAACUAGAGCUUUAGCUGCUGUUUCUGCUAGGCCUGCAGCUUUAUCAGAACCAAGCCAAGAACACAAGACGAUAGGAGACAAAAGACCUCCAUUGGGUCCUUCAAAACUUAGGCUUCCUCUCCGAAGAAUCACCAAUUUCUUGCCUCCACCAUCUCCUGUUCCACUUCCCAGGACCAGUAUUUCCACUUCCUCGUCUAUUAUUCUCCCAGGCUCAACCAUAUAUAACAAAGAAAACAUAUCAAAAACAACAAUGACGGCAACCAAGACAAAGACAAUCUUGAAAGCAAGAAGGGGCUCCAUUGCUGUCAGGCCUCCUCCAGCAACAAAUCAGGUUCUUCAGCCUAAACGUCGGGCCUCAAUUGCGACCCUCCCUUCCAAGUCAAACCCGAAUUCUGCAACUCCACUCAUCAGCUCCACUGCUCGGUUAAGAAGUGACCGGGUGAUGGGCAGGCAAUCAUUUGUCUGGGAUCGACAAAGGGUAUGGCGCACAUCACGGGUGCACUCCCCAUUGCCGCAGCUUAAGGAAGCGGGAGCAGCUGCAACUUCAGUCGAGGCAACACCAAUUGCUUCAAGGAGCAUGAAAUUUAUGGGCAGUCCUCCGACACAAGCAGGCUCGUGGAAGCCAAAGCAUCCAACAGUAGUUGCAUUACAACGGAAACACUUGGUAUGGAGUCCCCUUAAGUUGAAAAGCAUGAAAGGUAACAGAAGGUCAUUGUAUCCUGCUUAACACAAGCUGUACUCUCAACCAUCUAAAAGAGCAAAUACUUCCUUACCGUCUCUACUUCUGUUUUCCUUCUAUUUUUCCUUUUUCUUCCUUGAACCUUCAUUUACACUAUAUGAUAAGUUGAUAACGAUUAGCCAAUCCAAUCCAUUGUUUUUUGUCAUA